UCGUACAGCACCAGUCAUGAGUGACGGCUGACGUGCCUCCUACCAUCUCAACUCGCUCUGUACUUCGGAGGCCACACUCCGUAGGGUUAGAAUAACGCGACCUCUUGAGCAUCAUAAACUGUUGGUAGCGAGUUUGUGAGGGUCCAGGGAGCUGUAUGUUAUUGUUGACAGGUGUGAGCUGUGGAGGUACAUACAGUUAUACUCCUGUCGAGAAAUGAGAGCCGGCAGAUGAAGGGGAUAUAGCGUAACGGGGCGGAGAAGAGAGAAGGCUUGAUUUCAGUGUGUCGUCUGCUCGGCAAAGUUUGGAUGAACUUUUCUAGGUGAGAAUGACCCUUCUCCGAUACACCUACACCCACGCCUCAGCUCAUUCUGUGUAGACAUUGGCAUGUACAUGCACGAAUAUAGAAGACAUAUUCAUUGAUACCCGGGCGUGUCUACAGUUUGAUUCAAAGAUUGACAUUUGAAGAUCUGUUAUUGAAACGAGUACGCUCGACUUUACACCUUGUGCGUUUACGUUUUUGUGAAGCGAGACACAACUGCCCUGCUAUAUUGUUAGAUAUGUUUGCAAUGAAACGUUUGUUGCUGAGCUGUGCUACACCGGCAGUUGGGAGAGAGGCAUACAAAUCCCAGUGGUGAGGAAACCGGUGAAGAGUGAAAUAUCCUGAUCUCUCAUGGAUCGGACGGAAGCGAGUUACACAGCGAAUUAAUCUCACCUGGAUCUCACCUGGGACGGGUAAUUCGAUUUGUAGUUGUACAAUGGUGGAAAUUGACCGAAGGAUAUAGGAUUUGUGUCCAAGGCUCAACGGAACCGUGCAGGUAUUACAGAAUGCAUGCAGAUUGAUCGCAAAGCUACACAUGUAAUCAGAGACCAACCGUUUACAUGUUGGUUUUGAUAGACUGGGUGGCUUUUCUGAUUGAAUAGAAGACGGGACGAGGCCUCCGGACGAUGUGAUGUAGGGAUCAGCGGUGUGGUAAAUGCGGAUAGUUUGCACAGAGAAUUGUGUUUGCUGUGGAAAUUGAGAGGGAUUCGUUGACGGUGUGUGUGUCAAAGGUCAGAACGGUUCGGAAGAAUAGGAAUCAUGGGUUACAGUAUCAACAAGUUCGUCAGUGCGGUCGAUCCUAACUUGAUAUGCGGUAUUUGCGGCUGUGUUUUGCAAGACGCUGUGUUGACCCCGUGUGGUCAUACAUUUUGUUGUCUGUGUCUGGACACCUGGCUCACCAGACCCGGGACGGACACCUGUCCGGAAUGUCGGACUCACGUCGGGGACGACGGGGGCAGCCCCGUCCACUCUCUGCGGAACCUCAUCAACGGCUUCGAGGUGGAAUGCGACCAGGCAGAGAGGGGUUGUAAAGUUGUUCUUAAGCUGGACCGUCUCAAGUCUCAUCUUGACACGUGUGCGUACUUCCCCGUGGAAUGCGCAGGAUGCGAUGAAGUGAUCAACAGGUUUGAACUGGCCAGUCAUCAGAUCCAGUGCGUGGGGAUCGCGGCUUCCGUGGAGGAGGGGGAGGUGGACACAACGUGGAUUGACCGGAUGAGGCGACGAAGAGCCACAGAAGCGAUCAACAACGCAGAGAUAACCGAACUUCUAUGCAGGAUUAGCUCCCUUGAAAUGCAAGUCGCCAAAUUUAAACGGGAUAUUGAGCUCGCUAAUGCCAAAAACAGGAUGAUAGAGAAAGAAUACAUUAAGGUGAAGGAGGAACUGAACUGUACCAGACACGAGGUGGUUGAGCUCCAAUCCUCUGACUACGACCCUAAGUACGACUAUGGCCACACGCCUCAAAGCAUGGCCCGGCUGUCACUACUGAUAGCCAAGUACCUACUCCAGAGGCCCAGACAUAUAGACAGUGACUACAUCUUCUCCGCCGUCAAGAAGUGCUACGAGCAGUACUUCCGCUGCAACAGCGACUUCGAACACGACGUCCAUAUGCUCCUGGCGACUGCGUUUGCCAGCAACUGGUUCACGCCGUCUCAGAGAUUGAGCCUUGGAUGCUGGCUGCAGUGCAUUGCCAGAUACCGCCAUGAUACUCGGGAUUCAGCCAGGUACAGCCCGAUAGUGAUGGUUCGCUGAAGAUGAAGAUGCAGAUCAAGAGGCCAUUGUCACCUAGGAACAUUGUGUUGAUGACUGUGAAUGUGCUGUUACUGACGGAGGUUCCAAGAUUCUGACCUGUUAUAUGACUGCUGAAAUUGGUACAGAGGUCAUGUGACUGGCUAAGGUAGCUGCUGAAAUAGGUCCAUGACAUCUGGACUUUUGACCAUUGCCGGUCAGGUACAGCGAGCAUCUCUCGAGUAUGGUGAGAUGAAUUCAGGGAUAGGAACAGGUAAAGAUGGGAAACGGAUCGGCUGGAAAUGACCAGAAUGUAGUGAAGCCGAUCCAACGAGUCUAAUAAAGGGGAAUCAGGGAUGACAGAUGGCGAUUCAGGAACGUAUCACUGUUCCUCGUGCUGAACUCACAGAUGACUCACAUUCACGAAAGACCCACACUGGAGUGGGCAGGCUGCUUGGGUCUCAACAAAUGGCCCAAGACGGCACUGAUCCAGCUGUUGAACGAGCUUCAAAGAUGAGUACGCGGAACAAAAGAUUUACUUGACACGUCCUUCUUCCAACACAGGAACCACAGAGCCAAAAGUCCAGUCAGUGAUAGACAGUCGCUCCUCUGAUACUGAUUAGCGUUGUUUAUGUUUCAACUUGAAGAUUUUGUAUCUUGCCAUUUCAUUUAUAUGCACGUAACUCACAUAUAAUUGCAAUACAAUUAAACCUCGUCAAUCUGGACAGUCUGUUUUUGUGAUCAAAGUGAUAUAACUCGUAUCGGUGGUGUUUGAUUCCGUAAAUGUGAUUAUCCGGAUUUUAAAAAGUCCAGAUUAGCGGGGUUUCACUGUAUAUACUAGUAGUUCAUUUCGUUGUGUUAAACGUAAACAAUCUAGACAUGAUAUUUGGCUCAGCCAAGCCUCAAAAGUCGUAGUGUACAGGUAAACGCUAGUAUAUCAUUAAACCACAAUGUAUCCAACCGUUAGUUGUUUAGAAAGUAUUAGAUCACUGAUAUGAUCAGUUGUCUAGGAAAUAUCAUAUCGCUUUAAACUGCUGAGAUCGCUGAAGCUGCUUAGACCAGCUUAAUCUGUUAACCCAGCGCACAAUGGAGCUUAUGUUUUAUUUAUCGGUUGAAUAAGUGCAAUAUUAUUUAUUAUUCUUUGGUUGUGAGUUUACCAUUGACGGCAUGCUAGUGUACUUACCCAUUAAUGCUGUAUACUAGGUUUUGUCUUAAUCUACUUACAAUGUUAAGAAACAGUGAGUGUGAUCGAUAACUAAUCGAUACUUAAUCGGUUGUAACUGAUGUAUGGUGUUUACGCUUCGGGGACCAGUCAACUCACAAUGUCACAGAAUGCACGAGUGUUUAUAAGCUUCCCUGGAUACUGUCAUUAGCAGUAAAGCCACGAUUUAUAUAG